CAGGCAUCACCACUCAAGAUGCAUCCAGGAGUCCUGGCUGCCUUCCUCUUCUUGAGCUGGACUCAUUGUCGGGCCCUGCCCCUUCCAAAUGGUGAUGAUGAAGAUGAUUUGUCUGAGGAAGACCUCCAGUUUGCAGAGCGCUACCUGAAAUUAUACUACCAUCCUACAAAUCUAGCAGGAAUCCUGAAGAAGAAUUCAGCAAGCUCCAUGACUGACAGGCUCCGAGAAAUGCAGUCUUUUUUUGGCUUAGAGGUGACUGGCAAACUUGACGAUAACACCUUAGAUAUCAUGAAAAAACCAAGAUGCGGGGUUCCUGAUGUGGGUGAAUACAAUGUUUUCCCUCGAACUCUCAAAUGGUCCAGAAUGAAUUUAACCUACAGAAUUGUAAAUUAUACCCCUGAUAUGACUCACUCCGAAGUUGAAAAGGCAUUCAAAAAAGCCUUCAAAGUUUGGUCCGAUGUAACUCCUCUGAAUUUUACCCGACUUCACGAUGGCAUUGCUGAUAUCAUGAUCUCUUUUGGAAUUAAGGAGCAUGGUGACUUCUACCCAUUUGAUGGGCCCUCUGGCCUGCUGGCUCACGCUUUUCCUCCUGGGCCAAAUUAUGGAGGAGAUGCCCAUUUUGAUGAUGAUGAAACCUGGACAAGUAGUUCCAAAGGCUACAACUUGUUUCUUGUUGCUGCCCAUGAGUUCGGUCACUCUUUAGGUCUUGAUCACUCCAAGGAUCCCGGAGCACUCAUGUUUCCCAUCUACACCUACACCAGCAAAAAUCACUUUAUGCUUCCUGAUGACGAUGUACAAGGGAUCCAGUUUCUCUAUGGUCCAGGAGAUGAAGACCCCAACCCUAAACAUCCCAAAACACCAGACAAAUGUGACCCCUCCUUAUCUCUUGAUGCCAUUACCAGUCUCCGGGGAGAAACAAUGGUCUUUAAAGACAGAUUCUUCUGGCGCCUGCAUCCUCAGCAGGUUGAUGCGGAGCUGUUUUUAACGAAAUCGUUUUGGCCAGAACUUCCCAACCGUAUUGAUGCUGCAUAUGAGCAUCCUUCCCAUGACCUCAUCUUCAUCUUCAGAGGUAGAAAAUUUUGGGCUCUUAAUGGUUAUGACAUUCUGGAAGGUUAUCCCAAAAAAAUAUCUGAACUGGGUUUUCCAAAAGAAGUUAAGAAGAUAAGUGCAGCUGUUCACUUUGAGGAUACAGGCAAGACUCUCUUCUUCUCAGGAAACCAAGUCUGGAGAUAUGAUGAUACUAACCAGAUUAUGGAUAAAGACUAUCCCAGACUAAUAGAAGAAGACUUCCCAGGAAUUGGCGAUAAAGUAGACGCUGUCUACGAGAAAAAUGGUUAUAUCUAUUUUUUCAAUGGACCCAUACAGUUUGAAUACAGCAUUUGGAGCAAGCGUAUUGUUCGUGUCAUGCCAGCAAAUUCCAUAUUGUGGUGUUGAGUGUCUUUUUAAAAAUUGUUAUUUAAAUCCUGAAGAGUAUUUGGGUUAAUACUUCCAGAAGUGUGGAGGGGGUGAAGGAGAGCUAUCAGGAGAAAGCUUGGUUCUGUGAACAAGCAUCAGUAAGUUAUCUUUGAAUAUGUAGUAUCUAUAUGACCUUGCGUGGCUGGAACCACAUUGAAGAAUGUUAGAGUAAUGAAAUGGAGGAUCUCUAAGGAGCGCCUGAUUCUUGCUGCUGUACAGAAGCAAUGGUUGAUGAUAUUUCCCACACCACAAAUGGGACACGUAGUUUGUCAAUGACAGCAUAAUUUUAAAAUAUAUUUAUAAGGAAAUUUUACAGAGGCAUAAAAGUAAAUCACAUUUAUAUAAAUAAUAAAUCAUCCUUACUAAAAAGUAUAAAAUGCCAUGAAAAUGGAAUUUUGGGAGAGCCAUACAUAAAUAAACCAAAGGGAAAUGUCUGUAAUAAAUAGACUGUAACUUCGAAAUAAAUAAUUUUCAUUUUGCACUGAGAAUAUUCAGAUGUACCUUCUUCACACAGACACUAAGAAAAUAUCAAAGUUGAGAGAAAAGUAGAUGUGGCCUUUAGAUUCUGUUCAAUUUUCACUUUUGGCCAUGGCUCAGGGGCUGCUCUCAUAUAAGACAAAUAUUCCUUUGCAUAUCAUAGAGGAUAAAGAAGAAUGACAUCUUUUUAUUAAAGUAUUUCAGGUUUUUCAGAAGUCACACAUUACAAAGUUAAAAUUGUCAUCAAAAUAAUCUAAGGCCAUGGCAUCCCUUUUUCAUAAAUUAUUUGAUUAUUUAAGACUAAAAGUUGCAUUCAACCCUAUUUUACCUAGCUAAUUAUCUUAAUUGUCCAGUUUGCUUUGGAUAUAUAGGCUAUUUUCUAAAGAUUUGUAUAGCAUGAAAUAAAAUAUAUCUUAUAAACUGGAAGUAUAUAUUAAAGGAGAGACAUCCAGAGUUUUUUUUUUUUUUUAAUAAACAGUCUACUAGAUUGUGAUACCUUGAGAUAUGGAAUGAUGCUUUUCUCUGCAUUUUAAAAAAUCCCCCACACUUCUCACAGUGCCUACUGCCAUUUGUGGAGGGUGCUUGGCACUUACUGAAGAUAAGAUCAGCCGUCAAGGGAGGAACUACUGUGCUCAGAGAAACUGUUCAUAAACUCAGGCAAAGAAAAUGAAAUGCGUAUUUGCAAAAUGUGUUAGGAAGUGUUUAUGUUUUUCUAAUAAAAAUAUAUUUUCAACAGA